GUCACUGAAAUGUUUAAGCAUAAGCUUGUCUUCUUGUAAUUCAUUUUCAGUUUUGCACUGAGGUUAUACUCUGCAGAGUUUAAUUUAAAAAUGCUAAAACUUUUUUGCGUGUUUUUUAUAUCUCUUGCUUUGGGAAAUGCAUUAGAUAAAAAAGCUGAAAUAUCAUAUGGACGUUUUUUAAAAGGAAGAGAAAUUCCAGGUGUGACAAUUGAAUCAAGUGAAGAAAAAUCUGAAAUUACAUGGAAUGAAUCUGUUAAUGUCCAGGAAAAUUCUCUGAGAGCUACUAUACGUGUUGACUUUACAAAAAGCAAAAAAAGUGACUACAUUGUCAUUCCAAAUUUGUGUGACACUUAUAAUAAAAGUACCUUCCAUCAAAGCGGUAAAUUAUUCGUUUUGAAAAUGAUUGCAAAUGUUAAGAAUUGUCCAAUAAAAGAGGGUACAAAAAGCACUUAUAUCAAUGAACCUAAAACUUUCCUCUAUUCUCUCGAAAACGAUCGUAAAUGUGGACCAUUUCAAGCGGAAAUGAAAGUAUUUAGAAAAAUGGAUAAACUUGUUCCAAUAAUUUUAGGCUACUUUCAAGGAAACAUCACUGGCUGUUAAUAAUUAUAUAGACGAUGAAAUAUUAUCGGAAUGUGUGUCAUAAACAAGAAAUAUUUUACGAUUAAAAUAUUUUUCUGUGUUUGAAGCAAAAUAAAAUAUGAAAAUAAAUUAUUCUUUUUUA